ACUGAAAUAGCGCCUGCGAUUCGUUAUAAAGCAUCAACUUCCUUCUCCAUCUCUUCGACCUCACCUUCCUCCCCUCCCUUCUUCUUCUUCUUCUUAAAAAAGAAAAAAAAAAAAAAAAGAAAAGAAAAAGGUUUCGCGAUCCAGCGCAACCCAAAAACGAAAAACCCGCCACAAUGUCCCGCCAGAUCAACCUCCCCUCCAACCAGAUCAAGCUCACAAACGUCUCCCUCGUGCGCUUGAAAAAGGGCAAGAAGCGCUUCGAAAUCGCCUGCUACAAGAACAAGGUCCUCGAGUGGCGCUCCGGCAUCGAGACGGACCUCGACAACGUCCUCCAGAUCCCAAACGUCUUCCUCAACGUCUCCAAGGGCCAGACGGCGCCCAAGGAGGACCUCGAAAAGGCCUUUGGCAAGGGAAAGUCCACCGACGACAUUGUCCUCGAGAUCUUGAAAAAGGGGGAGCUGCAAGUCGGCGACAAGGAGCGCGCGGCGCAGCUGGAGAGGGUGCAUAAUGAGGUCAUUAGCAUUGUCGUCAGUAAACUGGUCGAUCCGCGGACGAAGAGGGUAUAUACGCCUGGAAUGAUUGAGAAGGCGCUCGACAUGUUGAGCUCGCAGGCCCACCAGAACAACAACAACACGGAGAAGGAGAAAUCAACAGAUUCGGGUGCUGCGACGCCCACGACGGGAGAGGCUGGCGAGGCCAAGCCCAAGACAAAGGAGCACACCUGGACGGGCGUCACCACCACCAAGAGCGCAAAGAGCCAGGCCCUGGACGCGAUGAAGGCCCUCAUCGCGCAUCAGCCCAUCCCCGUCGCGCGGGCCAGGAUGAAGCUCCGGGUUACGUGCCCUACCAACGUCCUCAAGCAGGCCGUCAAGGCGCCCAAGGCCGCGGCGAAGGAGGACGAGGACGGCAGCGGCGAGGCCAAGGCGCCCGGGACCGUCAAGGAUCGGAUUUUGGGGUACGUUGAGCAGGUUGAGAGCCAGGAUGUCAUGGGCUCAGAAUGGGAGGUUGUGGGCUUUGUUGAGCCGGGUGCUUUCAAGGCCUUGUCUGAUUUCAUUGGCAAUGACACCAAGGGGCAAGGAAGAGUCGAGGUUUUGGAUAUGGCGGUUACGCAUGAGGAUUGAGGUAGACAUAUUGAAAUGGGAGCCAAAGGGAAAAAGCAAUGAAAUGAUACCCCAAUAAUUGAUUUCCUGACGCUU